AUGUCGUGCAAGUUUCAAGAGGUCGAGGUUUUUGUUGCUGCACUAUCAAUUCGCAAUGCUGCCUGCCAAAAGCAAAUCAAUCAGCAAACCAAAUAUGGUUGUAAAAAUAACGAGAUGACAGACGCUAUUCGUGAUCUGUUUCUCAAUUUUCAUAAUGACGCUCGUCGAAGAGUAGCUAAGGGAAUUGAGCCAAACAACGUCGGAUGGCUCAAUCCUGCGAAAAAUAUGUAUGAAUUGGUUUUUGUUGCUGCACUAUCAAUUCGCAAUGCUGCCUGCCAAAAGCAAAUCAAUCAGCAAACCAAAUAUGGUUGUAAAAAUAACGAGAUGACAGACGCUAUUCGUGAUCUGUUUCUCAAUUUUCAUAAUGACGCUCGUCGAAGAGUAGCUAAGGGAAUUGAGCCAAACAACGUCGGAUGGCUCAAUCCUGCCAAAAAUAUGUAUGAAUUGGAUCCAGUCAUCCAGCACUCUAAGAGGCGAGAAGCGAGGGGAGGGGAAGUGGGAGAAGGGGGAGGGAGAACGCCACCAUUCCAGGACUUUUUGGACCAAAUGGAAAAUUUAAUGGUGGUGCUCCCAAAAGAAAUUUUCCUUUAA